GAAGGAGUCGUUGAGCUGUGAUGACUUCUAAGAUGAACAUGAUAGCCAUCGUCGUGGCGGUGUUGUGCGCUCUGUUCUACACGGGCUGCUCCUCUCCGCUGGAGAAGAGACUUGGAGUCCCGCUCAGCGCUGAAGACGACUGCAAUCCGAAUAUCGGAGCGAAAAACUUCUCGGCCGAUGCGUCCGAUUGCCAGAUCUUCUACAUUUGUGACCACGGAUGGCCGAAGAUAAAGAUAUGCCCCGCGGACACAAUCUGGACACCAGCGAUAGAGAGAUGCGAGGACAAAUACGACGCCGUGAACAGAGAGUGCAACUACAUUGCUCCCCCGCGGCCCCAGGUCACGGAGGUACCUGCUUUCAUUGUCGAUCCAGAUGAAAUGAUAGGGGGUUUCUGUGCUGAUAAAAUGAUAGGGGGUUUCCCUGCAGAUGAAAUGAUAGGGGGUUUCUGUGCUGAUAAAAUGAUAGGGGGUUUCCAUGCUGGAAAACAUCGUGAGGAUGUAUUCGUUAAAGAACAAACAGUAUUCUGGCACGACCUCAGCUGUGACUUUGACGCGUGGGAAGCGACUUCCGGCGGAAUACUGGGCUGA